GAAAGACACAAAAAGCGAAGAAGAGCAGAACACACAAAGGAAUUCCAGCAAAGCCUGGCGAAAGUCACUGUGCGCCACAAGCGGGUGAUCCCUGUGAGUGCAGUGUCUCAGAAACAAGUGCCGGGGUUUGGCUGUGGAGAAGGCGUUGCCGGUGGCGCGUUUUGUCUUGGUGUUGGGCUGCAUUCUUUGGGCCUUGCAUGUUUGGCUGGCUGCGCCGUGACGUGCUUGCAGUUUGGUCGCUGGCUGCAGAGGCAGUUUGUGCCCUUUGUGAAUGACUACAAUGCGCAGGCGUGGGAAGAUGCAACAAAAGAGCCUACGCAAGUCUUUGCGCGACAGCAUGUCCAAGCAAAAGCAGACAACGGAAGAAGGAUGCCCUUCUGUGUCGUUGCUGAAGUGCAAGGUCGCUGCAAUAUCAUGGUUGCUGCUGUUGAGCUUGAAUCUGAUCACAACAAAAACGAUAAACAUAAUCUUUGCUAGUAGGCUAGUAGGUUGGAGGCCAUCGCUAUUAGGUUGGAGGUAGGUCCGAGGCUAUUGCCAGCAGGUUGGAGGCCAUCGCAAUUAGGUUUCUUUUGCUAGUAGGUUCAUAGCUGUGCUUGACAGAUCAGUGUGCGCAGCGAUUGGUGGUGGCGCUCGGGGAACAUGUUUGCAAUGAGGCUCCAGUGGCUCAUGGUUUGACAGUUUAUGCGCGUCAAAUGGAUGUAUGUUUGCAUGAAAGCAUUUCAUUACUUCUUCAGAUCUCAGUGGUGAUAAGCGGGCUUGUAUUUUGGCGCUGCUUUGUUGUGGUUAGUUCGGUUUCCAGAUUGCUCUCCAAACUUGAGGCUUGCGAGUCUGAUAACUUCCUCGAUUUGAUUAUAGAAUUAUAUAUACAUAUAUGUACAUAUAUUUAUAUACAUAUAAAACUUCAGUCACAAUGACUUUUUUGUGCUUCGAGUUCAAGAGAUCCUGCCAACCUCAGAUGCCGAUCGUGAAACUGGUUGGGCAGCGAGGCUUUCGCCGAAUUUGGCGCUGGCAGCUGGGUCUCGUCACAGCAAGCAUUGAUGGGCUUCCAGCUGUGCCGCUAGUCUUGCCUGUGGAGGUGGCAGAAGGUUUGUACAGCAUUUGUGGCGAGACUUUAUGGUUACCAAGUUUGUCCUUUGCCAUUAUCUUCGAGUGCCUCUUCGAGCGUGAACCAGCAGUUUCUAGCUGCCAGGUGAUCAUAACUGAUGACUUGGUGGACCAGGUUUUAGAUGUGGUCCAGACUGGACUCCGGGCCAUUGACCUGAGGACGUGGGACCCUCGUCUGUCUGGUUUCGCUGAGCCGGUGAAUUUGCACUGUGAGGCCUCCUUGUCUUGGCCGCAGCCAUCAACUCCAAGGCUAAGCAUGCAUGGCGCAGAACGAGGGCCUCGCGAAGGAGCAUCAAUCCGAAUUUGGAAUCCAAGACAGCCAAGAAGCAGGUUGGACGUGCAAGGUAUCAA